GGCCGCGAAGCCCCGCCCACUCCACCACGUGUUCUCUGUUUAUGGCCGCGUUGAGAAGCGCCUGCAGGUUUUAUUUUUCUACCUCUGCUAAAAUCACAAUGACUAACUUCAAAUUCAUAGAUAUUGGCAUUAAUCUGACAGACCCGAUGUUCAGAGGAGUUUACAGAGGAACUCAGAAACAUGAAGAUGAUUUUCCUCGGGUCGUGGAGAGAGCGCUGGAGCUCGGCGUGCAGAAGUUCAUCAUCACUGGAGGAAACCUGGAGGACGGCAGAGACGCGCUCAGACUCGCGCAGACUCGAGAGGAGUUCUUCAGUACGGUGGGCUGUCACCCGACGCGCUGCGCUGAGUUCGAUCAGCAGGGCUCGGAUCAGUACCUGGCGUCUCUCACGGAGCUGAGCCUCAGUAACAGAGAGAAGGUGAUCGCUGUGGGAGAGUGUGGCCUCGAUUUCGACAGGCUGGAGUUUUGUCCCAAAGAAACGCAGCUCAAGUACUUCGAGCGGCAGUUUGAUCUGGCAGAAGAGACGCAGUUACCCAUGUUCCUCCACUGCAGGAACGCACACUCAGAGUUCCUGGACAUCAUGAAGAGGAACAGAGAGCGGUGUGUCGGUGGAGUGGUUCACUCGUUUGACGGCUCUCUGCAGGACGCGGCGGCUCUGGUCGAUCUGGAUCUGUACAUCGGUAUCAACGGCUGCUCCUUGAAAACAGCAGAGAAUCUGGAGGUGAUGAAGUCCAUCCCGACCGACAGACUGAUGAUCGAAACAGGUUCACAACAGGUGCUGGAGGUGAUGGCUGCCGUCAGGGAAGAAGAUCCACUGGACCUCGCUGAAACCAUCUACAGCAACACCUUGAGACUGUUCUUCAAGCACACUUCAUGAGGACCACUCUGCUUUCAUACGCUAGUGUACAAUAAACGAGACGAGAGACGCGUGUA